GCGCUGACCAGACCGCGUUGCCAUCUCGUCUCACUACACACCCGAUAGUCACGUUCGCCGGUCAUUACAAUAUUACGCGCCAUGUGCUCAUAAAAACACGGCUCGAGUGUGAUAUAUUGAAAAGUACACACAUAAAACUGAAGUGCGUUUAAUUCGGUUGCUUUUUAAAGUGGAAAGUUGGAAAUUGGAGUAGUUAGUUAGAUGUUCGGAAGGUCCGGGCACGCGGUUCAGUCCGCGCCAACUCGCCGGUAGGACAAGACGGAUGGUGGCGGGAGUCCGGGCGGCGCGCGGCGGGCGACUUGUUGCGCUGUGGUCGCGUGUGCGGGUAUGCGCGCACGUGCGGCGGCGGCGCGCGGUGGCGCGGCACAGUCCCGCGGCGGCCGGCGACGAGCGCACACCGCCUCCGCCGCACGUGCCACCGCCGCCCGCGCCGGCAUGCGACGCUAGCCGGAGCAUGCGGUUGCCGCUGCUGCCGCUGAUCGUGCUGCCGCUCGUGCUCGCGCGCCCGGCAGCAGCCGGGAUCUGCUGGACGGGUAUGGAGCGCGGCGGGCGCUGUAGCUCGGUGGCGGCGCUGCGCGUGGGCCGCGCCGAGUGCUGCGCCGGCGCACGCGCCGCGCCCGCCGCCUGGAGCCCGCGCGACCUAGACAGCGGCGAGAUAUUCUUCUACAAGGCGCUCUCCGGGGGUGUACCUUGUACUGCUUGUGCUGAAUCAUGUGCAGGCGUGUCCUGUGGUACGGGACGCCGUUGCGUGGUGCGGGGCGGGCGCGCGCGAUGCGUGUGCGCAGCGAGCUGCCGCCGCGCCGGCGCUGUCUGCGGCUCCGACGGCAAGACCUACCGCUCGCUGUGUCGACUCCGGCGCCGCGCGUGUCGACGCCCCGCCAAACACCUGAGCUUGGACUACCCUGGACCGUGUCGAGUGGGUAGUUGCGAAGGCGUGCGCUGCGGCGGCGACAAGCGCUGCGUAUUGGAUGCGGAGCUGGGCGCGCACUGCGUGCGGUGCGGCGCGUGCAGCGUGGCGGGCGCGCCCGUGUGCGCCGUGGACGGCCGCACCUACGCCGGCGCAUGCGCGCUGCGGCGGGCCGCCUGCGAGCGCGGGAAGGCGCUGCCGCUUGCGUACAGGGGGCCUUGCAUAGCAAACGCGACGUGCGCGACGAUAUCGUGCGGCGCGGGCCAGCGCUGCGCGUCGGGCGGCGCGAGCGGCGCGCGCUGCGUGUCGUGCGGCGCGUGCGGCGGAGGCGCGCGGCGCGCGCUGUGCGGCUCGGACGCGCGCACCUACCCCUCGUGGUGCCGCCUGCAGCGCGCCGCCUGCCACGCCGGCCGCGUCGUCGACCCCAUGCACCCCGGCCCGUGCACAGGGAGCAAAAACAUAACGGACAAUAGUGUGACUGGUGAGAGAAGUGUGGAGGAGGCUCGCGUACUAUGAGAUUGCAGUGAGUCUCAGCUGAUCGACUGCUGCUGAUUGCCAGAUCUCACCACCACACCUUCAAGAACUGCAGGAACUUCAAAGCAGUCUCAGCCUCAAGCCAUAAGCCGAGUCACAGUGAAUAUCUAAAAAGUCGACUGGAGUUGUACCCAGUGCUUUUGAAGAAAAACUUUGGGUUUGACUUUUAAGUCGGUUAAUUUGAAAGUCUGUGCUGUAGGGGUGUUAUUCUCUAGACAGCUCCGGCGAUAGUUAUACACGAUAUGUAGAGACACAUAUAUAGUUGAUUGAACUAUAUAAAAAGCUAUACCAACUGCAGUUAGACCUCAACAGACUUCCGUCACAAUCGGCUGUCGCCGGACCUUGUAUAGAGUCGGACACCCUGUUCGAAGCGAACGCUUCUCAAGUCAACUACGUGCCAGGUUCCUUCAAAUUCAUUAAAUUCGUAGGUAUUUCUAUUGUAGAUUAGGUAAAUUUACUGAACCUGAAGCACUUUUCAAACUUUGUAGAUAAAUAAUAAUUCUAUAGUCUUUAAUAAUUAACACUUACAUUAUUAAAUUUGAGCACCAAAUCGUACUUAAUAUUUAGUCAAAAUGUUAUACAUAGGGACUGUAGGUAGCACAAUAUUUGGAACUUAGGUACUUCUAUUUUAGAAAAAUUGGAAUUUCCGUCUUGUUGAAAGUCGCUACUUGAAAAAAGCUUGUAGGAUGAAAUGGAUAACACUUUCAUCGGACUGACAUAAUUGUUCUUAAAUAAAUUAACUCUUAGUAUUUUAAGACUUAAAUAAUUUUACUUCACGAAAUGUGGUUUUAACGCUUAAUGCAAUAUUUAUUAUUAAGUUAUGAAAUAUGAAGUUUAGUGCAAUAAUUUUAUUGAAAAUUGUAUGAAAUUUAUGUUUACUUGUUUGUUUUGUUUAUUAUUUACGAAUCGAAUAUCGCAGAGAUCUUCAAAAGUGUAAUUCGAAUAUUGAAUGUUUAAAAUGUUAUGAAUACGCUUUCAGUAUUAUGUGCAUGUAAUAUUAUUAGAAUAUUCUUAUUUUCGAAACGUUUUACAUUGGAAAUUAGGUGAUUUUUAUAGACUGUAGAUUUUAAAAAGUAAUUUAUUGUUACUUUUAAAUUAUUUCCAAAAUGUUUCCAUGGUUUAUUUUGUGCGUAUGCGACGAGUACAUGUAUAAUUUGUGGUGUAUCCAUGUGAAGGUGAUGCGACUCGAGCGAGUCUCUCUUGACGUCCUGCUUAGCUUUAAAUAGUUUAAAGUUUCGUAACUGUCUUUAAUUCGCGAGUCCACAUUUGUCGUUACUGCGUUGGAUUUAUGACUCCUGAUAUUGAGGUUACAUGCUUGUUGGAUUCGGUACAUUCCUGGAAACGUUUGACAUGUAGUAUUUAUACAGCGCUCUAAAACCUAUUGUGCUGAUGUUAUGGCCCAUUUUACAACAUUUGGUACGGACGCAACCCUGACUCAUAUGCUCAUAGUCUGUUGUAGUUUAUAUAUUUAUGUGCGUUUCCAAUAAUAUAAUAUCAAGGCUAGCAUUUUAUACCUACCACAGUAACGACAAAUGUAUCGAAUAGAACAAGAAUGGAAUACCUAUUAUUUUGGUAGUAGUCGACGACAACGCGGUUUACUCUAUUUGGUUUCAAAAACCAAUAAAUAAUAGUUACGCAUGAUUUGCAAGGCAAGCAAAGCACAUCAAUAGCCUCACAAAGAGUAGAAAAUUUAAAUUACAGUAGCUACAAUCAUAAAAUGGCAAUUUCUUUUCAUAAUUUUUCAUUGGUCUGGAAAUUAUUCUAAAUUCAAGUGAUUGGUCAAUGUAUAACAGUGUUGCCAAUUAAGGAAAAAGCUUCUAUUUUGUAUGAAGAUUUUGCUUUACCGUUUAUUGGCAGACGAAGAAUGUAUAUUUUGUUUAAAUGUGGACUCAACUAAUGUAACGUGUAACUAGGCUCUCGUCAAUUACUUCCUAGUGCUAAUCGAGUUGUUACUGUAUCUUACUAUAAACUAUACUAUACUAAAUUGUUGUAGUUGAACUCAUUGCGACACUAGAUGAUGUAUAAUAUAUUGUCCUUGUUUCUUCAUAAAUAUUUUACACUGA